GUAACACUGCCCUGCACCUGUGUGGUCUAUACAACCAGGACGGCUGUGCCAGAGUUCUGCUGUUCAGAGGAACAAAUAAAGACAUUAAGAACUACAACAACCAAACAGCUUUUCAGGUGGCCAUCAUUGCUGGGAAUUUUGACCUGGCAGAGAUCAUUAAGAUCCAUAAGGCCUCAGACGUAGUGCCUUUCAGAGAGAGCCCUUCCUAUUCCUCAAAGCGCCGACGUCUGGGUGGGGCCAAUAAUGUUGGUGUGUGUGGCUCAUCAUCUCCCCGUUAUCUGAUUCGCUCAGCUAGCGACAACGCUCUGGAAAGCCCCGCCUCUUCUUCCCCGGCC